AAAGAGGCGUGUGUUUUGUCCUUUCUUUCUUUACUUCAUUCUUUCCUCCCCUGCCUGGCGCCUCUCUCUCUUAUAGGUGCGGGCGGUGCUGCCUGUGGAGGAGGGCGCAGCUGUGUACCACUGUGAGGUGCAGCUGGACGGCAGAACCAUUGUGACUCACUGCUUGGAGAAGAACAAGGCAGAGAAGGUGUACAAGGAGGCUUUGAAAGAGGGGAAGACUGCCCUCAUGACACGAGAAGACCCUGACUCAAGCGACAUUCUCACGCUUAACCUCGGCAACUUUCCUGCGGGAACGAGGGCCAAGGUCACCCUUCGUCUGGUGAUGGAGUUGAGGGUUGAGACAGACGGCAUCAUCAGCUUUGUUUUGCCCACAGUACUCAACCCGCGCUACACCCCUGCUGACCACCCUCGCAGGCAAGAUUGGGACUGGAGGUGGGAGGAUCGAGGGGUGUAUGUGACACAGCCUUACUCCAUGGAGGUGAAGGCACAAGUAUGUGGUAACCACCAGAUAUCUCGGAUCGUCUCCCACACUGACCCACUCAACGUGACCCUGACUGAUGAUGCCAUGUCUGCCCAGGUGAGCCAGGACGGAGGGUUCAGCUGCGACCACGACUGGAGCAUGCUGGUGUACUACAGGAGUGCCUAACGGCCCCACCUGUUGCGGGAGACCGGUGAACGCUCUGCCACUGGGAUCAUGAAGGAUGACCUGCUCAUGCUGAACCUCUUCCCAGAGGUGCCCACCAACACCUACUCCAGCAGGAAUGAGAUUAUCUUUGUCAUCGACCGCUCAGGAAGCAUGCAUGGGGAAAAGAUAGAGAGUGCCCGGGCAACACUUCUUCUGUUCCUGAAGAGUCUGCCUCUGGGUUGCCUCUUCAACAUUGUCAGCUUCGGCUCAUCCUUCUUAGUGCUCUUCAAGAAGUGAGUGGUCCAGACUGGGUUAGGAUAAGUGAGAGGUCAUUCUUCCUCUUCCUCCUAUAUUUAUCUUGUCUCAUCUUUCUCAUCUUCUAUCUUUUAAUUUACUUCCAUUCCUCCUCCUCCUCCACCUCCUCCUCAUAGCUGCAAGCGCCGGUUUGUAAAAGUCUCACUCGUGACCAAGACUCUAGGCAAGCGAUUGGUCUUUGUGGCAUUUUCAAGACCCAGUGUUGGAGGCAUCUAACACAGCAGUAUCUGAUUUCCAUGCAUAAACUUUUCAUUUGCUCAAUUUAUGGUCACAUCUUUUCUGAAACUUCAAAAGCGCUCUGAUUAAUGAGUCAUGCCUUCUCUUCUCAGUCAAUGCGAAGCCUGUCGUGGCAAGUUUGCCCCUCAGUAUUUCCGGAAUUCUUCUGCCUGCAGGUUGUGUCACCUCCAGAGUAAGAUAGAGAGACUCAACGAGAAAUACGAGGAGAAGUGCAAGCAGUAUGAGGACGUCGUGCAACAGCUUGAAGCACUAAAAGAGUUCGUUGUCUCUAAUACAGGUUGCACCUCCACAGAUGUUGUUCCUGCCAUCCCUGACAGACCUGCCUCCUCCACUCCAGGGGCUCCUGCCCGCCCACAUGCUGUGCUUGCAGAGUCACCAUUCACUUUAGUCAGUAAUCGUGCCACCACCACUAAUGUUAAGAAAUCUUUGCCCAUCUCAACACACAACAGGUACCAGAUCCUAGCUGAAGAAAAGGAAGAUGCACAAGAGACGAGACUGGUCGGAGACUCAAUAGUCAGAGGUCAGCUCUCUGAGUUCUGUGGCAGGGCUCGUAGGACACGUAAGCGUCUAUGCAUGCCUGGUGGACGCUUAGACGACAUCACGGCAGCAUGCGACGAGGCAGCCUGCGGAUCUAAUAAUAAUACCCUCUUUAUUACUCACGCAGGUACAAAU